AUGGCCGCCACAACCCUUGACAGCUUGCCUCCGGAGAUGCUCCUCGCCAUCGCAUCCUUUCUCGGUAGCACAGGCAGCAUCAGCCGCCUCGCGCGCACCAGCCGCCGCAUGAGGCACAUUCUGGACAAAUACCUCUAUUUUUACGACGUGGACACGUCGCCGAAAGGCGCGAGAGCGCUCUGCGCCGCUUCCUGCUUCCCGAAAGCCAACCGGGAGACUUCUCGCCGCAUCAUCGCCAAGAGCCUCGCCGCUGGCGCCGACGUAAACGCCACUCUUGAGAUCCACCCCGAGGAUGAUGUCGAACCUGAUGGCUCUUGGAAGGGUAUGCUGGGUAACAGCCAUACGUACCACACGACGGCGCUCGCCAUGGCCGUGUUCACGGGCAAUGCGGCGCUCGUGCGGCUGCUCCUCAACGCUGGCGCCAAUAUCAACGCCACCUGCUGGAUGGGCGUCUCCGUACUGAGGUACGCUAUGAUCUCUGGAGAUCUUCCCAUCGUUCGGCUGCUCGCAGCGUGGCCCGGCAUCGACAUUGGCGGCUGGUGCCGCCAGCAGGACGCGCCGCUGCUGGACGCCGUGGACCGCGGGGCACUCGACCUCGUGCGGGCACUGCUGCCGCACGCCGACCCCAACAGGCCCGGCAGGGACGGCGUGGCGCCGCUGCGGAUGGCCGUGCAGAAGCAGAACUGCGACAUGGUGGCGCUGCUGCUCUCAGACCCUAGGACGGACCCGAACGACAUGACGGGCGUCGGUGUGUGCCCCAUCAUCGGAGCCAAGAAGUACAGCGCGGCGGGCCCGAGGCCGCUUUCCAUCUUUGCGACGGCCUGCCGGCUGAAGAGCACGCCGAUAGUGCAGCUGUUGCACGACGAUGCUCGAACUGAUGUAGACUGGUGCCUGGAGGAGUGGCAGUCGCCAGUGACAGUGGCCCUUUCACACCAGCGGCUGAGCAACGUCGACAUUCUUAUAGGUUCCAACAAGUCCAAGACCGCCAGGAACGUCAUCUUCUGCAACGCUUGUAUGAAUCGCGAUUUUGAGCUUGCAAGUCGAGUGUUGAGUCUGUCGACGUAUGAUGAUCGAAUAUUUGCUAAACGUUGGGCAGAGGAAGCGCAGGCGGCGGGUCUCCAGGAGCUCGCGACACAGGUCGCCGCGAAGUGGAAUCCUUCCACAGCAAUUCGACAAUGA